AAAAUCAGAAUAUUUUGGUUUGCAGGGCCAGGCAGAACCAAAUAAGGACAUUAGCUAAGAAGGAACCGUAACAGUUGGUUAUGUUAUUAAUUGUCCAUUAAAUUACUGUUUUAUAGCGUAAGCUUCGGAAGUUAGACACUAAAACAAAACGAAUAAUCAAAGUAAUGUGUUUUUGUUAUUGUUUUUGUUUUUAAGAGAGAGAGAGGAAUGGCCACACUCACCGUACCUCAUAAUGUUCCUACUCCAACUCAAGAUGCCGGCGCCCUCAAGAAGGCUUUCGAUGGAUUUGGAACAGACGAGGGGAAAGUGAUAAGGAUAUUAGGACACAGAAAUGCAAGGCAGAGGAGACAAAUUAGAGACACCUAUCUCCAGCUUUACAAUGAAUCCCUCAUUGACCGUCUCUAUUCUGAACUCUCUGGAGAUUUUAGAAAAGCAAUUAUUCUGUGGACAUAUGAUCCUUGCGAAAGGGAUGCAAAAUUAGCCCGGAAAGCCUUGGAGAACAGUCAGAAAGGUGUUGAGCACCUCAAAAUUAUAGUUGAGAUAGCUUGUGCAUCUUCUCCUAACCACUUGGUGGCAGUGAGGCAGGCUUACAUUUCUCUUUUCCAAUGUUCUUUGGAGGAGGAUAUUGCAUCCAUUGUUUCUCCCUCUUCCCUAACAAACCUACUAGUGGCUCUUAUGAGCUCAUACAGGUAUGACAAAGAGGUGGUGGAUUCUGCCAUUUCCAAUUCAGAUGCAUCAAGACUACAUGAAGCCAUCAAAACAAAGCAAUUAGAUUAUGACCAUGUUUAUUGGAUACUCAGCACUAGGAACUUCUAUCAACUAAGAGCUACUUUUGCCUGUUACAAGAAAACUUUUGGAAACCUGAUUGCCCAGGACAUUACGAGUUGUGGGAAUGGCAAGCUGGAGUCUGUCUUAAAAGUGGUUAUUUGUUGCUUAGAGUCGCCUGAGAUACAUUUUGCAGAGGUCAUUAGGGACGCCAUUGAUGGGUUUGGAACGGAUGAAGACUGCCUAACUAGGGCUAUUGUGACUCGAGCCGAAAUCGACCUUAUGAAGGUCAGAGAACAUUAUCAAAACCUGCACAAAACCAGCCUUGACAAAGCAGUUGUUGGCGAUACAUCAGGGGACUACGAAGAUUUCUUGAUGACAUUGCUUGGAGCAAGAAUCUAAUGCUCUAGGAAAAAAAUUAAUGGGUGUGUGAAAAUCAAAAUUUAGAAAAAUAAAUUAUCUGAAACUUAAUAGUUUGUAAGGAAUGUUUGUAUGUUUUAUCUCUGACUCAGACAUAAAGGCCUAAAUGUUGCCUAUCUAGCCAAGUACAGAAACACCAGACUAGGCGCAAAAUAGAAUUUGGGCUAGAGUGUGCCAAGUCCAUAUAUUAUGGAAAAUUUACAUCA